AUGUUGGUGGGUUCUACGAUUUUUGCCGACAAGACUUUCACUCUUGUCGAGGCCCGAUAUUUGCUGCUGUUUAGAGAUCUAGGGAGACUUGGUGCUUACAGUUGGGCAUCUGCUGCACUGUGUUGGAUUCAUGAGUAUUUUCCUACACUUGGAAGGAAAGGAGAGAACUGGCGUCCAUCUGAAAAUCAUGGGCUUCCUCGGGCGAUGAGAUGGUCCUACAGGCAAGGAGCUAUGAAGGUGGAUCAGUUGAGACCAGUUUUGGAUCAAUGUCUUCGUCAGUUUGGUCUUCAUCAGUAUAUUCCUCCUCCACCUCCUGCUGAUACGAUGAGCGAUGAUGACAUUGUUAUGGAGUGGAUUGGCUAUGACCGGAGCGUGGCCGAUGAGGUUAGAGACACCGCAACAGUCAGAUACACCUAUGAGACGCUUGAUGGAUAUUUACAGUGGUAUUACCGUGUGUCGCAUCCUUGGGUGCCGCCCCCACCUCGUGCGCGUAGAGAGGUUCCAGUUCCUGUCUUUGAUGCAAGACCCGCCGAUCCGGAUUGGUCUCGUGCUUCCACAUUGGUUCAUCGUUAUCUCCGACAGGCGGAGGCAGAGGAGGAUGAUAUAGCGUAUGCUGAUUUGUUCAAGGUUUUAUGCAUUGCUCGUGACCAUUGA